AAUAAAACCUGUUGAUGCUCACAGUUUACUGUCCAGUCUUUCAGGAGUCAAGACCGCACACUAGCCUCUCUCCUCACUAAGGAUACAUCAUGUCACAAAGCAAGGUUACAAAAUUCGAGAUGAAGGGCAUCCUUAAGGAGAAGACUCUUAAGCUCCAUUGCUCUAAAUUGAAAUUUGAGAGCACAGCCCAGAGCAAUUCCAUCGGAGCCGUGCGAUGGACCCUCCCCGAGGAGAAUGUGCAAGCCCAUAGCUCUGUUCCCAGCAGCCACUUAAAGAGCACCACCAGCUCCACCCGUCCACAGCACACCAGGCAGCAGGGCCUUCAGGAUCUGCGGAGUUUGGAGGAGUGUGUGAGAUUCAUAAAUCACUGGAAGGAGGAGGUUGUGCGUGUCUGCAAGAGUGGCAACAAGGCAGGCGAGGGCACCAGUAAGGAGGAAGCCAGCUUCGCACCCAAUGCUGACCCACGUGCUGUGCGCAGCCUUGAGGAGAGCCGGAAACUCAUCUUGCAGUGGGCAGACGAGCUCAAAAACGUGGAUAUGCUUUUUAAGCAGUGUCCUUGGAGGCAUGAGAGGCGUGAGCUCCAGGAAACAGAGAGCAAAGAUGAAAAUGAAGACCACAAUGAACUGGUGAAACAGACAGUCAUGGAAUGGGCCAAGGAGCUGCACAGUGUGUCAGAGAGCUGCGGGGUGCCAGGGGAAGAGCUGGCUCAGAUGCUGCGCAUGCUUGGACUGAGGAAGAAGAGGCUGGGAAGCCUCCUUCCUCUUCUAGAGUUCAUCACCUGGUCCCUGCUGAAAGAGGACAGCAAGGACAUUGUCCCCCAGCUGUGGCUGUCAGCCAAACAACGCACCUGGAAAGCAGGGACCCCCAGAUACAUCCCAAAUUCAGUUUGGAGCUGGAUCACAAGUGCCGCAGCUGACGUGACUCUGGAUCCCAUGACCAACCACCCUUGGCUGCUGUUGUCCGAUGACUGCAAGAAGGUGCAGGAGGCCUUGUCCGAGAGGGACGUGGCUCCCAGCACGCAGCGCUUCGAUGUCUGGCCCUGCGUUCUUGGCUGGGAGGGCUUCUCCUGUGGCCGCCACUACUGGGAGGUGGACCUGGCCAACAAUGGCUACUGGAGGGUGGGGCUGACGACUGCCACAUCCAAGAGGUGUGGUCGCUUCCCCAUGGCCCCGCCACAGGGCUACUGGACCCUGUGGCGCAGCACCCGACAGUUCUACGCCUGCACCAAGCCCGAGACGCCACUCCCCGUGGGACUAGUCCCGCGUAAGUUGGGUGUCUACCUCGACUAUGAGGAAGGCCAAAUCUCUUUCUACAACGUGGAGAACAAGUCCCACAUCUACACCUUCUCUGCCACUUUCAAGGGGAAGCUAUACCCUCUAUUUGCCCCACUGGAUGGCCGAACUCUCAUCACGGUCUCCUCUCCAAAAUCUGUCGCUGAGUUCUAAAGACCCCCCCCCCCCACUCCCAACCAUAGCACACCCUCCCUUUUACACACACACAC